UGCCACUGGUUAUCACAAUAACGAGCGCCGAGAGCUCAGUCAUCUACUCAUCUCCUGCAACAUUAUCCACUUGGAGCUUCGACCAUGGCAUCUCCUUCGCUUCUGCAGUCUUCUGCUUCUUCGUUUCACGGCCGUUUUCCUCAAUUAGCGGCUCCAUCCUCCGCUCGGAUGCUCUCUGCGCCGCUCAGAAACGUGGUGAAAGUCUCGGCGUCCGGAACUGUGCUGGUCGAGAAAUCUGAGGCGGAGAAAACUCAGCGGCUCAAAACAGCUUACCUCGAGAGGAUUAUCCCUGCGCUCAAAGAAGAGUUCAAGUACGUUAAUAUUCACCAGGUUCCAAAGGUACAGAAGAUUGUUGUCAACUGUGGUAUUGGAGAUGCGGCGCAGAACGACAAGGGUUUGGAGGCUGCAAUGAAAGAUAUUGCGCUUAUUACAGGGCAGAAACCUAUCAAGACACGAGCUAGAGCUUCCAUUGCUACUUUCAAGAUCAGGGAAGAUCAACCUCUUGGUAUUGCCGUCACUCUCAGAGGAGAUGUAAUGUAUUCCUUCUUGGAUCGUCUUAUCAAUUUAGCCCUUCCGAGAACUCGAGAUUUCCAAGGUGUGAGUCCCAGUAGCUUUGAUGGGAACGGAAACUACAGUAUUGGUGUGAAAGACCAAAGUGUAUUCCCUGAAAUCAGAUUUGAUGCCAUUGGAAAAACGAGAGGAAUGGAUGUAUGCAUCAGCACAACAGCUAAAAGCGAUCAAGAAGGACAGAAACUAUUGGCUCUGAUGGGAAUGCCAUUCAGGGAAGGAGGUGGUGGCAACACAGGCGCGAUAGUGCGGAAGAAGAAACUAAAGUCUCAUCAUUUCGAUGCUAAAGGCAAAGGAAAGGGAAAGAGAUGAACAUAGCUGCUGCCUAUUGUAUGUAUUGUCCGUCUUCUGUAACCAUUUCAUGUUUCAGAAAACCCCUUCCUUUUUGUAAUGUUUUUGUUGCAUGCUCAAUUCCCUUACUUAUGAUGAUCAAAAUCGUGAGUUAAUUUUAUAAUAUCAGGAUGUGAUAAUUCUUCCUUUUA